GAUAGAGGGGUUGGGGGAUAGGCAAUGUGGAUCCCCCCUUUUCCUCUGUUCAUCAAUUGUUUUCACCAGCGAAAAUUAACCGGUACCCUACAACGUAACCUCCAGCUUUCUGAUUAAUAGCAGCCUGAUAAGGCCGGUUGGAGGGGAUGCUCUCCCCAUCCCAGCAGACAUGUUCGCCGUGAGAGAGAAGAAAGCCCCCCCAGUCCUCCCGACGGGUGCCGUUGUGUAAGCUAGUACUCGGAGGAGCUGUUUGAACAGUGGGACGGAGAGGGAGCCAGAGACUCUUCUCCAGCUGCCAUCCUGCUCCUCCCCCUCCUCCUUCACCACAACCACUUCUCUUUCUCAUCACAUCCAAAGCAUUUUGGAGAUGUGAGGAGUAGGAAGAGAUUGGUGGUAUUGAGCAGCCUGUGCAUUGACGCGACCUUUUGACUUCAUCUUCAGCAUGAAUGGUGAUAUGCCUCAUGUUCCCAUCACUACUCUUGCUGGAAUUGCUAGCCUGACAGACUUGUUGAACCAGCUGCCCUUGCCGUCUCCUCUCCCUGCCACCACUGCUAAGAGUCUGCUCUACAAUGGAAGGAUCUCUGAAGAGGUCAGCAGCUUGCUGGUGUGUCGGGACGAAAAUCUGGUGACUCAACUGGCACAUAGCCUGAACCAAGUCUCCACUGAACACAUAGAGUUGAAGGACAACUUGGGGAAUGAUGAACCCGAGGGUGACAUGCCACUGCUUCUACAAACUUUGCUGUCCAGGAACCCCAAAAUCUUCAGGGACAAAAGUGUAAUGCAGCAGCCAAUGAUGCAACAGUAUAAGAUGUCUCAGAAUCAGGUGCAUGGGAGUCCAGGAUCAAACUAUCAGCAAACCAGUGUCCCUCAAAGUCCCUCUGGAUGCUUUGCGUCCCCACAGUCUGGAUCAGGUGCUCGGUUCUUGCCCCAGCAGAACAGCCCUAUACCCAGUCCCUAUACCCCUCAGAGUCCUGCAGACUACAUGCAGUACAAUCCACCCAGUUACUCUCAACACCAACAGACACAGCAAGUUAGAAAUAUCCAUGACGACAAGGUCUCUGGUCAGCUAUCGAGUACUUCAUCUAAUCAUAAUGCCAGGCUAGGCUCGGAUGAAGACUACAUUAACAUGGCUCAUAGACUGGGAAAUGAGGAGAAUGACCCCUCCAUGAGGGCCGCCACGUUUCCAGUUAAAUCACCAGAGUCUGUGUGUUCCCCCGCCGGGAGUGAAGAGACUGCAAAAACAGGGUCCAGGCCUCCCCUUAUCAUGCAGUCCCCUCCACCUGAUAUGCCGCCAGUUGCAGCACCUGACUCGCUCCUUACCUCUGCCGACCGCAAAAAAAAGCAGAAAGAAAGGAGUAAAGAAGAAAAUGACCCGACAGACAAAAAUGCCUCGUAUGACAUUGUUAGUUCUCCAGCGAAAGAGUCCGCCAGGCUGACUAUUAAACUGUCCCGAGUUAAGCUUUCAGAAAUGGAUCCAUCUGGAGAGCUGCCUCUGAGGCCACGCGUUGAUUCAGAACAGGAAACUGAUUUGACGAAUAAUAAUAAUAAUAACAAUCAGUUCUCAAGGACUACCCAGGACCUGUCACACAAGUUCGGUGCCGAGGAGCAGGCAAACUGUAAGCAGGUUCCCGUUCGGCCAAAUAGCAAGGAGUCCGGAGUCGUCGGUGGGGUCGUGUUUGACGACGCUGAGAUAGACACGCUGGCAGAGAUCGAGAGAAUAGAACGCGAGUCGGCCAGUGAGAAAGAAAGAUGGUCGAAAGAAGUCCAGGAUAAAGAUAAGCCACUGAAGAAACGGAAGCAAGACACGUAUCCUCAGGAAUCCGGAGCCGAGUCUAGUGACGGGCCUGCCGCUCAAGGGGGCAACACCGAUGGCAAGUUGAAACCCAAGAAGACGAACACUGCAAGUAACGGUGCCAGUCGGCCGGCUUUGAUGGUCAGCAUUGAUCUGCAGCAAGCUGGCAGGAUGAAAGGACAGCCUGUGGUGGUCCUCGAAGCACAGACGUUCUGCGAGGAGCACCUACGGCACCUAAAGCCAAAGACUGAUGGAAAGGUGGAUAAAGUAGCUGAAAACAGACCGGGGAUCAUCAGACAGCAUGCCGACAACCCCAAGAAGCCUUGCUCAGACGGGCAACCAGAAGCCCCCAAACAGAAGCCGGAAAGUCAACGCGAAUCCAAACACAAGCACGACGGCAAAACUGUCGGCGGCAAGAAACACUCGGAUGACAAACGGCCAGACACACCGCGGCAGAAGCACGACAAGCAUUCGGACUUGCGCCACAAAGAGGAAAAAAACCACAACAUCCACAGAUCCCAUGUCAGCAACCCUGAGACUCCAAAAACCUUGAGCAAAGGGGAGCACAUCUCCAAACAUGGAGAAGGCAAAGCCAGGGACAGAGAUAGAGAGAAAGUUGCAGAUAAAGAUAAGGAUAAGAACAGAGACAGGGAUAAGGAUAAGGAGAAAGAUAAAGACAAAGUUGGAGAUAGAGAUGAUAGGGAUAAGGAUAAGAACAGAGAAAAAGAUAGAGACAAGGAUAAGGAGAGAGAUAAAGACAAAGUUAGAGAUAGAGAUGAUAAGGAUAAGAACAGAGAAAAAGAUAGAGACAAGGAUAAGGAGAGAGAUAAAGACAAAGUUGGAGAUAGAGAUGAUAAGGAUAAGGACAGAGACAAAGAUAAAGAUAGAGACAAGGUUAAGGACAAAGAUAGAGAUAAUGAUAGAGAUAAGGAUAAGAACAGAGAAAAAGUCAAAGAUAAAGAGAGAGAUGGGGAUAAAGACAGAGAUAAAAACAGAGCUAGGGAUAAGGACAGAGAUCGGAAGCACAAGACGUCAAGGGAAAACUGCAACAAGCACUCUCCUGACAGGCCUACUAAACCUGACAGCCCCAGAGUGAAGCAAGACGAUAGCGGAAAAUCCACCGACCUUAAUGGGCGACAGAAGACGGAGAGUUCCAGCCUUCAAAACGUACAAAAUAAGAAAGAGAGGAAAAGUAGGGAUGGCAGCGUCAGCUGCCAAGCUGGAAACAAACAGCAGUCUUUAGAGACAAAACCUUGUGAGUUCCCCUCAUACCUGCUGGGUGGCAAGUCAGGAAAUCUGAAGAACUUUGUGAUUCCUAAAUUAAAACGGGAUGCGAAAGAGCUCCAACUUCCAGCCAAACUGAUCGAGGGCUGGAGUGAGCCCCUGGUCAGGCUGGAGAGGUUGUCGUUGAUAAAGAACUUAAACAAAGGAGCUAAACCUGUCGUUGUGCUCAACAAACUCAACAUUGACGAGGUGAAGAGGAUCAUCAAGGAAAGCAGGAACGCGCACGGCUCCAGAUCCUCUGACAAAUCAGGGAGAGAGAACAAGCGAAAGCACAGUAUGAUCAGUAAGAAACCCAAGUACGCCGAGUUGGAUGAAGAUGACGAGGACUCUGACCACGAUGAUGAUGAUGACUCUGACAAUGAGUCUCCAAAGAAAAGGUCCAAGAAAGAUCAUGACAAGUCGUGGAAGCAGGAAGAGAAGAAGGGUUCUGGGCAGCACCGGAGCGGAGGUCUGCAUGGCGCUCGCCGGGGCUCCAGCAGCUGUCACCGUGAAUGCAGUCCAAACGAUUCGGAUGAAGACUCUCCACCACCAAGCUUGCGUGAUGUUGCCAGAAAAUUGAAGAAAAAGGAGAAACAAAAAAACAAGAAAGCAUACGACUCCAAGCUGACACCAGAAGAAAAGAUAGACUCCUCCACAUUUAAGAGAUUCACGGCCAACAUGGAAAGCAUUAUUGAGAGCCUCGACGAUGUGGACCUUGCCGCCGCAGAUGACGACGAGAUACCCGAGGAGCUCUUGCUCGGAAAGCACCAGUUGACCGAGCUAGGCACUGACUCUGCUAAGAUCAAGGCCAUGUGCAUCUUUAACAAGUGUUCGACUAAGAAACUGGUGAAACUCUUGAAUAUCCUGGAGAAGAACAUUCAGGACAGCGUCAAGCUUUCCACACUCAUGAAUCAUGAAAAUGAUUCCAUGGAUGAAGAGCGGUUGUGGCGUGACCUCAUCAUCGAGCGGGUUGCUAAGUCUGCUGAUGCCUGUUUGACUGCACUCAACAUCAUGACAUCUCCACACAUGCCCAAGGCAGUUUAUAUAGAAGACGUGAUCGAGAGGGUGCUGCAGUACACCAAGUUCCAUCUGCAAAAUUCUCUGUACCCUCAGUAUGACCCAGUCUACAGAAGAGGUGGCAUGCAUACUUCAAAGUCCAAGCGAGCGAAGAUUUCAACCCAUAAACAGAAGGUGGUCGUCAUGCUCUACGACAAAGUGUGUGAUAUAGUGAGCAGUAUCUCAGAGCUUCUGGAGAUCCAGCUGCUAACUGACACCACUAUCCUCCAGGUGUCCACCCUGGGCAUUACACCUUUUUUUGUGGAGAAUGUCAGCGAACUGCAGUUAUGUGCCAUCACACUUGUGACAGCAGUGUUCUGCCGUUACGAGAAGCACAGGCAGCUCAUUCUUGAAGAGAUCUUCACCUCCUUAGCGAGACUGCCUACGAGUAAACGCAGCCUCAGGAACUUUAGGCUAAACAGUGAUUCGGAUGACGAGCCCUUGUAUAUCCAGAUGGUCUCAGCACUGGUUCUUCAGCUCAUCCAGUGUGUGGUUCGCCUUCCCUCAGAGAGGGAUGCAGAAGGUGAUCAUAAUAAGAAGGUGGAUAAAGAUGUCUUCAUCACAAACUCUUAUGAAACUGCCAUGAGGACGGCUCAGAACUUCCUGUCUGUGUUUCUCAAGAAGUGUGGCAGUAAGCAGGGAGAGGAUGACUACAGGCCUCUGUUUGAGAACUUUGUUCAUGACCUGCUGUCUACAGUCAACAGGCCUGAGUGGCCUGCAGCCGAACUGCUGCUCAGUUUACUGGGCCGACUGCUGGUGCACCAGUUCAGUAACAAGCAGACAGAAAUGGCGCUCAGGGUGGCAUCGCUGGACUACCUCGGCACCGUCGCUUCUAGCCUGCGUAAAGACGCCGUCAACAGCAACAUGGACCAAAAGGCUAUCGACCGCAUCCUCAGAGAGACUCAAGGCAGUGACGAGAUCCCCAAACUCCAGAAGGCCUUGCUGGACUACCUAAAUGAGAACAUUGAGACAGAUCCAUCUCUAGUGUUUGCCAGGAAGUUUUAUAUUGCUCAGUGGUUCAGGGACACUAUAACUGAGGCAGAGAAAGCGGUGAGGUCUCAAAACGACGACGAGGACUUCAAAGGUCGACAUCCCUCCAUGGAUGUCGACUCGACGGAGGAGAUUUUGCAGAGGGGCGAGACGCGAAAGAAAUUCCUCCGCAAGAUCAUGAAGACGUCACCGUCAGAUCUGAGUUCCUCGAGUAUAAACUCCGACACAGUGGACUAUGGGGACUCAUGCCUGAUUGUCAGAUAUCUGGCCUCCAUGAGGCCGUUUUCACAGAGCUUUGAUAUUUACUUAUCACAGAUUCUGAGAGUGCUGGGCGAGAGCGCCAUCGCAGUCAGAACUAAAGCCAUGAAGUGUCUGUCUGAAGUAGUAGCUGUGGAUCCAAGUAUUCUUGCACGGUUGGAUAUGCAGCGUGGGGUUCACUGUCGCCUCAUGGACAACUCCACCAGUGUGCGGGAGGCAGCCGUGGAGCUCCUUGGCCGUUUCGUGCUGAGUCGACCGCAGCUCAUUGAGCAGUACUAUGACAUGCUCAUUGAAAGGAUACUGGACACAGGUAUAAGUGUGAGGAAGAGGGUCAUUAAGAUCCUGAGGGAUAUUUGCCUGGAGCUGCCGGACUUCCACAAGAUCACCGAGAUGUGUGUCAGGAUGAUCCGAAGGGUCAACGAUGAAGAGGGGAUCAAGAAACUGGUGAAUGAGACGUUCCAGAAGAUCUGGUUCACUCCCACACCCGGUCAUGACAAAAACGCCAUGACCCGGAAGAUCCUGAACAUCACAGAUGUGGUGUUGGCAUGUAAAGAUUCUGGCUAUGAUUGGUUUGAGCAGCUUCUCCAAAAUCUCCUUAAGUCAGAAGAGCAAGCUUCGUACAAACCUGCCAAGAAAGCCUGCGUUCAGUUGGUGGACAAUCUAGUGGAGCACAUACUGAAAUACGAGGAGUCUAUUGCAGACUGUGAGGACAAAGGGGUCAACUCAGGUCGUCUGGUAUCGUGCGUCACCACUCUCUACCUGUUCAGCAAGAUCAGAGCACAGUUAAUGGUCAAACAUGCCAUGACUAUGCAGCCCUACUUGACCACCAAGUGCAGCACUCAGAAUGACUUCAUGGUGAUAUGUAACGUGGCGAAGAUCUUGGAGCUGGUGGUGCCUCUGAUGGAGCACCCGAGUGAGACUUUCCUCACUACCCUAGAAGAAGAUCUGAUGAAGCUCAUUAUCAAAUACGGCAUGACGGUUGUACAGCACAGUGUAAGCUGUCUUGGUGCCGUUGUCAACAAGGUCACACACAACUACAAGUUUGUCUGGGCUUGUUUCAAUCGCUACUAUGGAGCGCUGGCAAAGCUGAAGACACAGCACCAAGAGGACCCCAACAGCUCCACUCUGGCUGCUAACAAACCCACUCUGCUGCGCGCCUUGUUCACUGUGGGGGCUCUCUGUCGACACUUUGAUUUCGACCAAGAGGAGUUUAAGGGCACUAGCAAGAUUGUCAUCAAGGAUAAAGUGCUGGAGCUUCUGUUGUACUUCACCACUCACGAAGAUGAAGAGGUCCAGAUCAAGGCCAUCACGGGUCUAGGCUUCCAGUUCAUCAUGUAUCCAGAGCUCAUGUUUGUGCAGGAUGUGAAGGUUCUGUAUAACAACACCCUGUCAGAGGAAAGCAGUUUGGUCACUCAGGUGAAGAUCCAGGUGCUAAAAAACCUGCAGACAUACCUGCAAGAGGAGGACUCUCGAAUGCAGAAGGCCGAUUGCGAAUGGAAGAAGCAAUCCAACCAGGAGGAUCUGAAAGAAAUGGGGGACAUCUCAUCAGGCAUGAGCAGCUCCAUAAUGCAGAUUUACUUGAAGCAGGUGCUGGAGUCCUUCUUCCACUCACAGUCCACUGUUCGCCACUUUGCCCUGAGUGUCAUCACGCUGACGCUCAGCCAGGGCCUCGUCCACCCCGUUCAGUGUGUGCCCUACUUGAUUGCCAUGGGAACAGACCCUGAGCCAACCAUGAAGAACAAAUCCGAUCAACAGUUGGUGGAGAUCGACAAGAAAUAUACGGGCUUCAUCCAUAUGAAGGCCGUAGCAGGGUUGAAGAUGUCUUAUCAGGUGCAACAGGCCAUAAAUGGAUCCAAAGGCGCAGUGAUUCGAGGUUUCCGCCACGAUGACACCGACACUUCUCUCUGCUCUCACCUCUACACUCUGGUCCGAGGGAACCGGCAAUACAGACGGGCUUUCCUCAUUUCCCUGCUCAACUUAUUUGACGACAGCUCCAAAACCGAGGUGAACAGGCUGUUGUUCAUAGCAGACAACCUGGCCUACUUCCCCUACCAGACCCAGGAGGAGCCUCUCUUCAUCAUGCACCAUGUAGAUAUUACUCUGUCUGUCUCUGGUAGCAACCUGCUCCAGUCUUUCAAGGAGUCUCUACAGAAAGGACCCUUACAGAAGGAAAAGAAGACGACGACAAAGAAGAUGAAGACGAAGAAGAAGAAGAAAAAGAAGAAGAUGAAGAAGCCUCAGAGAAGAAAACAUGGCUCUGAUGACGACGACGAUGAAGACGAUGAAGACGAUGAUGAUGAUAAUGAGGAAGAGGACGACGAGCAGAGCAGUAGCUCAUCCAGCAGCAGUGAUGAGGAGGAUGAGGUGGUUCAUAAGCAAAAGAAACCCGUGCUCUCUGAUUCUGACGGCGACAUGGAGGAUGAGGACACAGUGAUGGACCGUCUGCCUGAAAACCCAAACCCUCUGCUGGACUUCGCCAGCGCUUCACAGGGAAUUCUCAUGCUGCUGGUGCUAAAACAACAUCUGAAGAACCUGUUUGGGUUCUCGGACAGCAAAAUCCAGAAAUAUUCCCCGACGGAGUCUGCCAAAGUGUACGACAAGGCGGUGAACAGGAAGUCGAAGGUGCACUUCAACCCUCGUCAGACACUGGAUUACCUGAAGAGGGACCUUGCCAACUCAGAUCUCAGCGACGAGAUCAAGAGGAAUAUUGUGAAACAAUAUUUGGAUUUCAAGGUACUGAUGGAGCACUUGGAUCGCGACGAAGAGGAUGAGGAGGGUGAAGCAAGUGCCAAUGCCAGAAACAAAGCCAUUACGUCACUGCUGAAGGUUCCAAAACCUUCGAACCAGAACCAGAACCACAGUAAAAAUGACAGUAAAAAUGACACCGCUCCAGUGGACACAGAUGAGGAGGAGAGUGAGGAUGAAGAUCCACCUGUGCCACAGCGGAAACCAAAAAAAGGCGGGGAGUCCGCAGAGGAUACAGGCCACAUGAACGAGAGAGUGAAGGCCAUGGACAUCAUUGCCAUCUGGUGUCCCAAAUACAAAGACAGACCGCAGAUUGCCAGGGUCAUCCAGAGGAUCAAAACUGGCUACAGUAUACACUGGAUGACUGGAUCUUACUCUAGUUCCUGGGUUGAGGUAAGGAAACGGGAAGGUCGCAAAAAGGUUCCCUGGGUUGACACUAUCAAGGAGUCAGACAUCAUUUACAAGAAGAUACCUUUGACAAGUGGACACAAGCUGACGAACAAAGUGGCACAGACGUUACGGGCGGUAUACGCUGCUAAGGACGGGGACUGAGAGUUAAUCGACUGAAAUAACUCACACAGAAACCCCUCACAGCCCAAAUCUAUGUGGAUCAAAUAUGUUUCAGAGAGAAAAUGAAACCUCUUUAGAUUUACGGACCCGAUGGAGGGAAAGUAUUGUGAACAAUGAUCUGUUUGACUACAGACAUGUUUAAGUUUAACACACGAAAAACACAAGAAGGAAAUGUUUUGGAAAACAUUGUGUGGGAGUUCCUUCGCUGUUGUGCAGCAACUUUGUUGUUUGAUUUUUACUCCCACUGUAUAAUAGUUUAACUAAACACAUGUUUAUAUCUGAACAUAAUUCUGUAAAAAAAAAUAAACUGAAUGUUGGAAGUUAGUGUAUUGAUGAUGUUCUUAAUAAAGUGUUUUUGGAGUUUAAACUAGCAUCAGAUGGAUUUAUUCACUUGAUCUGAGCUCCAACUACUUUUACAUUUCUUUUCUUUUCUUUCUUGUUUUGAACAUUUUGUUGUUCACCCACGCUGUGUAAUGGAGUAUCUUUGAUAUAAUUUAUUUAUGUUAAGAGCAGUGCAGUAUCUGUGCCUAUAUGCAGGGGAAGUUAUAUUGUUUUUAAUAUAGAUUUUGAUGUUAUAGAACACGGAGAAAGAAAAAAAGUGACCCCUCCCCUCCCGCUCUUCUUGUGGAACAAAUACUGCAAUAAAUUUUUCUUAUGUC